AUGCGGUGAUGCUGCGUUGGAGUCAUGAUUUUUUCACGCAAAAAGAGGGGCGGGACUACAUCACGACACGCUGGCGUUGCCGCCUCUCAUAGGCCGAGCUGAAACGGGAGAAAUCAUAGCGUGUGGUUACGUGCCUUGUUCCUCGCAGCCCCCUGCAAGGGACGAAUUGUGUGAGGCAGUGCUACCAAAACGAGACUUGCUGCAGCCCGUAGAGGCUUUCCAGCAGUCACGACAGCUGGCAGUAAGGCAGAAGCACCAGCUGACUCUCCCUCCCUCUCUUCCUGCUCCUCCUCUCUGCAUCCUGCAGAUUCCAAAUCUUAGAAAUCACCCUUGACAACCGUGAGAGCAUCUAUAGCAUCUUUGGGAAGAUGGAAGGCCAGGGAAAGCAAGUAACGGGUUAUCUGUUGUUCUCGCUGGGCACGGCUGUCAUCGGCUCUCUGCAGUUUGGUUACAACACAGGAGUCAUCAAUGCUCCGGAAGAGAAACUACGGUCAUUCUUCAACCAAACCUGGAUGCAGCGUUACAACGAGCCCAUCAGUUCAGGGGUUUGUACCAUCGUCUGGAGCGUCGCUGUUUCCAUCUUCAGUGUGGGCGGCAUGGUGGGCUCCUUCAGUGUGGGCGUCAUGGCCAAUAGAUUUGGCAGACGGCGCUCCAUGUUCCUGGUGAACAUCCUGGCUGUGAUCGGAGGCCUCCUCAUGGGGUUCUCCACCAUCUGCUCCUCCUAUGAGAUGGUGAUUGCGGGUCGUCUGGUCAUUGGCCUGUUCUGCGGCCUCUUCACCGGGCUGACUCCCAUGUACGUGGGGGAGGUGUCACCAACACCUCUUCGUGGAGCAUUUGGUACUCUGCAUCAGCUCGGUGUGGUAGUGGGCAUCCUGAUUGCUCAGAUCUUUGGUCUGGAGGUUCUGUUGGGUUCUGACAAGCUGUGGCCCCUGCUGCUGGCCCUCACCGUGGCCCCUGCUGUGCUGCAGUGCAUCUUGCUUCCCUUUUGUCCUGAGAGUCCCCGCUUCCUUCUGAUCAACCUUAAGCAAGAGGAACAAGCAUGCAAAGCUCUGGUUCGUCUACGUGGCACGGAGGAUGUGAACAAAGACCUCCAGGAGAUGAAGGAGGAGAGUGCCAAGAUGGCGAUGGAGAAGAAGGUGACCAUCGCUGAGCUGUUUCGCUCAGCGGCCUACAGGCAGCCCCUCCUCAUCGCCGUCAUGCUGCAGCUCUCCCAGCAGCUAUCGGGAAUCAAUGCUGUGUUUUACUACUCCACAGGGAUCUUUAGCUCAGCUGGAGUGAAGCAACCCAUCUACGCCACAAUAGGAGCCGGAAUUGUCAACACUAUCUUCACCGUUGUUUCUCUCUUUCUGGUGGAAAAGGCUGGACGAAGGACUCUCCAUCUCCUGGGACUGGGAGGAAUGGCCGUCAGUGCCCUGGUCAUGACAGUCUCCCUCCUGUUGAAGCACAUCACAGCUAUGAGCUACGUGGCGAUCCUGGCUGUCAUGCUUUUUGUGGCUAUGUUUGAGCUGGGCCCCGGUCCCAUUCCAUGGUUCAUUGUGGCUGAGCUUUUCUCCCAGGGGCCCCGUCCUGCGGCCAUGGCUGUAGCAGGAUGCUGCAACUGGACAGCCAAUUUCCUUGUUGGAAUGAGCUUUCCUAAACUAGUGGAGUUGUGUGGACCCUGGGUGUUCCUCAUCUUCACUGCCUUCCUCAUCAUCUUUUUCAUCUUCACAUUUAUCAAAGUCCCAGAGACGAAGGGAAAGACAUUUGACGAGAUCGCCCGUGAAUUUGGCGGCGCUCCGCCUCCUGCCGCCUCUUCCGCUGAGGAUCCUGGUGCCACUUCCAGCACCGCCAUAACGCUUCAAGCCUCUUCUCCUGAGAAAGAGAAGGUCCCGCUGGUGGAGGCGCCGGCUGCAGCUCCUGCAGCCGCCGCUCCGGCAACCGAAACCACACCCCUUAAAGAUAAAUCCGGCGCACAAGGGGAGCAGGUGUAGACAGGUUUUAGAUUGGUGAGAGAAAUUACAAGUAACGGAAGAAUCACAGAAUACAAACAUGCUGAAACAGAGGAAUCAGUUUCAAUCUUUCUCUCCAACUUUAUGGUACAUUCCUGAAAUCAGCUGCAUCCAUUUAAAGGGUGAGUCAAAGUCAGUGUCUCUCAAGUCACAAUGACACUCAGAUCUGGUUACUUGAAACUUAAACAUGGGUCAAAAAUGUGCAGCUAAUUUGUUCAUUAAUGCAGUUUAUAAGCAGGGUGACUUAAGGUGAGUUGUGCAGAUUUAGACAUAAAAAACAGGUCAGUUCCUUGUCAUAUGAAUUAAUUGAGAUGAUUAACAAAGAUCCACAUUUAAACAAAAUUAUUUGUGUGUUUUUUUAAGUGUCAGAUGACUUAAUGUGUAUUUCCCCUUGGUUUAACUCCCAACAGGUUCUUUGGCCAGUUACUUGUUCCCCCAUUAGACUGCAGGUCUAAUAUAUCUAAAUUGUGUGCUUUACCUUUCACUGGGAUUGUUUGCAUUACCAAAGUGAAUAACCACCUGAUGAACACAUCUAACCUCAUAAUGUAGUCUGCAGAGUUCACAGCAGCUAAGGGUACUAAAAUGCAUCAUUGUUGUUAAAUGUUAACAUCUACAGUCAUUCAUUAUUUAAUAGGGAUUUAAUUACUGACUCAUAUGAUUCACUUCUUUUUAUUAAUUAUGUGUGUUGACAUGUUGUCGGCCUAUUUAAGUACUGAAUGCUGCCAAAAUGUAACCGUAGCCAAGACAAAAAAAUAGACAUAACACUUUCCUCAAAGAACUUUCACAUAGACAUAUACAUGUGUUCAAACACAAAUACAACUUCAUUAAGAUUCAUAUAUGUGGCCUAAAAAAUAAAUACAUACAACACCCUUCACAGUUAUGGGCACCCAUGUCAGUCAACACCCAUCUGCUUUAAUUUAGAUGACAUGACAGAGGAAGAUUUGACCCAGAGUCCUCAGUUGUGAGGAAUAUAUAUCCAUUAAAUAAAUGGAUAUUUUCCUCCAUUUAUUUAAGGAGCUUUGAUUAAAGGCUAGAUUUUUAUUGUUUCUCAGUGUGAGAUUAUCAUGCCACAAGGAAAAUGUUAUUUUUAGGCAUUUCAUACAUUUUUACAAGAGGUGCCAGUAAAAGUGGUGGAUGCUGUAUGUGCAACCAUGAGAAUUAGUCGUUUGUCAGCUGUUCUUCUAGAAUCUAAUUAUUCCAACAGAGAAAUUGUAUGACACAUACUUGUAAUGUAACAAUAGGGUAACAGACGAGAUAUAUUUAUUUGCUGAAAGAAAGAUUAUUUAUAGGAUUGUGUAAGAAUCUAUUUUCCUAUUAAUUAUUUUAGAUCAUAUAAAGAAACAUAAUUGUUUUUCUGGCUUCAAAAGGUGAAAAGUAAGUCUUGGACUUUUUGCUUUCAGUUGAGGAGUAACUGAAUUACUUCAGGGGAAAUUUUAGAUCAGUGUUUGUUUGUACACUUUAGUACACUGUAAAAAAAGUCUCUAAUUUAUGGUAAAAUAUCUUCUGCUGUGGUAGCCAGAAUUUUAGCAUAUAAAUAUGGUAGAGUCGGUAUUUAUGCGUUAAAAUUCUGCCUGUAUUUUACUGUAAAUUAGAGACUUUUUAAGGUGUUGUCAGGCAAGUUUUAGAGUCACUAUUCAUACUAUAAGUAGUAGAAGUAAUGAGCAUCACCGUUCUUUCCAUCAAGCUAACACAGCGCUAAUGAUCUGCAUUGGCAUUAAUAAUAACAACCAUAUAUCUAAGCAAGCUGUUAGUAGAACAGAUAAAGACUAUGAACUGUGCAAUCAUUAUUGAAAAAUAACUCUUAGCAGAUAGAGGCAACUAAUGGGGAAGUGCUAAUACUUUAUUAAUCCUGGCAGUAUAGCUUUAAGUGAAACAUGCAACUAAUGUUAGUGGUUUAAUAGAUAAUUAUGUCUGAUCUUACCUUAUUGUUUUGCAAAGCAAGAGACUAAUGCAGAUCUGUGAGGAUUACUUUGUUUAGAACCAAAACAAAAGAAUGUCAAUUUAAAAUUAUACAUACCGCAUUUUUAAUCAUUAGAGCACUUUUUAUAAUUAAAAUAGUAUAUAUAUAUAUAUAUAUAUAUAUAUAAAUUUGAAUAUAACAAUAAGGAAAUGACUAAUGGGAGAGUUUUCAAGCAAUUAGUUUAUAUUUUGGUUGAAAAGCUAAUUGGCAGACUGUUGUCUAUUACAGUCCAAAGGAUGUGGGGUCGGUUGUAGGAAUUAUGAUUAGCAUUUUUAUUUUUCUAGACUGCAUCUGUUAACACAUUUUAAAAAUAUAUCAGAUUUCUAACAUGACCUUCUAAUAGGAUCCUAAAAGAGAAAAUCUUCAAAAGUCUAAAAGCUGAGAAUGUAAAGCUCUGAAAUCAUUUUUUUUCUCAGCUCUGUAAUAAUUUUAUUGUUUCACAAGAAUUUUAGCUAAUGUCUUCCCAUCAUAACCUGCAUAUUUCAGGCAAACAAUGCUUGUUUUCUAUACGUUUCACAUAAUUUAAUUAUCUCAACUGAAAAAUCUGCACUGUUGUAUGAAACCUAAUCUAAUUUAUUAUCGAGUAAACGUUAAUAUAAAUGUGACAUACCCUGCUAUUACAACCAAAAAGCGAGGUUUUAUAUCUCAACACACAGAAAAAAAACAAAAAAACAAAAAACAACAUAUAGUGAUCUUAAACUUUGGCAUAAUUAUGUUUGUGUCCGUUAGUUUUAUUUUGAAAGUACAAACGCACUUAACAGAGUUUUAGACGUGUUACAAAGUUUCUGGAUAGCCAGCAAAUACUUAAGUCAUUUUCUCGGGCCAACUGCUGCUCACCAAUGAAAUCCAAAUCUCCAUUAAGAAAUUAACAGCAGUUUUCAGAGACCAUUAUAUUUAAAAUAUAUUUAAACUACUAUGAAGAGUAGAAGGAUUUAUUGUAAGUCAAAAUGUAUUUUAAGCUUUAUGUGUGGGGUCCUGAUCCUGUCUGCGCUGUGUCACUUUGUCUGCGUUGUUUGGUCUCAACAGAUUUAUGAAAUGUAUAUCUAAUACCGUAUGACAUGUGAUGUGUGUAUGUGAGUAACACAAAGUAUAUUUUCUUUACUCUGUUAUUGUGUGGAUUGCUGUUGCUACUUGAACUCUAUUCUUACCCUUGCAGACCAUUUAUUUAUUUAUUUCUGUAUAUUUCUGGUAGAAUUUACACUUGAAGAGGUAAAGUAUCUAUAAAGAGAUAAAGUAUCUAUAGAGAUUUAAGAUUUAAACCACUUGUAUAACUUUAGGACAUAACUUUGUAACUGAUAUUUAAUUUUGAAUGGAUGUCAGAAGGCUUGUUAAGUGGAUUAUUUUUUUCACUGGAAAUAUUGGACAUAUGUCCAUGAUAUUGGUGUGUUUUCCUGUAAUUGUGGAUGGUGAUGUUGUGUUUGCACUGAGGGAGGAUUGUUGUGCACACGUGUCUAGUCGAGAUUAAUGUUAUAUUCAGUGUUUCCUGUUGAGGUGCUGCUUCUGUCUUUGGAUAUUCGCACACUGCUCCUUUUUUACCCUAACAAGGAUUUCACUUCUAAAUUCAAAAUGCUUGUUGUUCCACAUGUUGCUAUUGCCUUUUGUGAUGUCACAAACUCAGACAAUUCUAAGCAGGCAAAUGGAGGAAUAUGUUUAGAACAAGGGAAUAUGGACAUGUUAUUAAAAUAUUUCAUUUAUAUUAUUGUCUUUUUUUUUUUACCAAUUUUUCAAAAGCAAAGUUUGUGUUAAUGUUUCAAACUUGGCAGCAUAUGACUCAUUAAUGGAUGGAGCCAUUUUUAUUAUGAUGGCUAUUGAUUGAAUUACAAUACUAAAACAUAAUCUUCUUCAAUAACAAAUUGGCUACAAAUACAAUCACUACAAGUUUUAGCUGCCUAGUGACAACACACCAAACUAAAUGCUCAUAUUAAACUCAUAACUUUUUAAGCAAUGACUGCUCUUGCUUUUCUAACUUCCUGUAGUAGCGCAGUAGCCUCUACCAGGUGAUGCUGCAGUACUACCUCUGCCUAUCAUUCAGUGAACCUGCUGUUUUAUUUAGUCACUACAAUGGUACCUGUGGAACCAGCAGCCUCUGUUUUCCCACUUGUGCCUCCCAGAUUGGUGCUUCUCAUGUCUUAAGGUUGAAAUUUAAGUAUCAGACUUUCAAGUAAAGGAAAAAGUGGGGGAAAUUAUUUAGUUUGGUUAAUCAACCCCAACCCUGCUUCUGAUUUUGAAAGAUUCAUCAUAGUCCAAUACUAAGCCAUACUGUUUGCUACAGUUGCACUUAUAACAAUGAUUUAUUUUUUAAGGUCCAAGUUGUUGAAAAUAAUUUACAACCAUUUCCUAAAGUUUGUAAAACAAUCUGUAAUAUAAACUAACCAAAAUAUAUACAUAUUGUUGCCAACAAUCCGAUUCUAUUAUGCAAAUUCAUGAAUCUGGUAAGGAUUACAUGAAAAAUGCAGAGUUGAGAAAACAACUUAGCAUGACUGUAGUUCUCGUAUGUUCUCUGUCGACUGGGACAGUUGUCUUAAAGUUUUAUCUAUUUUAUCCAUUACUCACUAUUGUCUUUAUCUUGCGUAUAAUUUAUGGUGAAGAUAUGCUACUGCUAAUGAAAUUUGCAAACCACUGCCAUGGUAUGUGACUGAGGUGUUGCAAUAAAGUAUUUGAAAGGAUUUAAUAAAGAAAUAAAAGAAAGGACCAAAGUGCAGACUGCUGAUAAUUAUAGCAAGCAACUGGAUGUACAAACUCAAACCCUUUCACACUGUACAGAGACAAAUAUAAGCGUUCAUUAUUUUGUAAAUCUGUAUAUUUUAAAGGACAUUGAUAGAUCUGUUGCAUUGUUCUAUUUUGCUAUAGAGUGCACAUUGUCUAGAUUUCAUACACUGCUCUUCACUUUGGUUAAAUACAUUUCUAUGUUCAGAUUAUACGUCUAUUUUUAAAGGUCUGAUUGAUGACUGCUGCUGGUCAUCGUCUUAUUUUCCUUUUGUGUUUGUUUCAUUACUUGGUUGCAGCCAGGCCUCAUCAGACGACAUUCUUAGUUUGGGCUGCUGUGUUUUUGCACCACGACUCUUUAACAUGUUGGCAAAAAGAGCAGCGAAGCGGCAAACACAUUAACUCAAGAAUAAAGUGUGGCUGCUGCAUUUAUGCGUUUGUUCUUCACUGUGAUGUUGCGCUGUAAGUGAUUGAGUAUUUUUUGUCUACAUUUUGUGAUUUCUUACCUCACCUUUGUUUAAGCUGAUUUUCAUUGUGUUUUGCUUAUGUUUUUGAAUCGCUCUUUCAUUCUUGAUGAUGCUGAAUUUUUGUCCCCACAUAAAAGGAGUUUGAGAACAGCAUUCAUUUUGGGCUUUAGUGCUGUGAUUGGAGAAAUAUUUGAUGUGUAACAGCUCCAUGUGUGUUACUUUUGCGUUUUAGUGGCUACUGAAUGAGUAAAUGGUGUGUAGCUUUCUAUUUUUUCUGUGUGCAACAGCAUUGAUGCACUCUUGACUGUUUCAUUUGCCCUGUACAUACCACAAAUGUUGUUGUUAAAUAAAGUUGACAUCUUGUA